ACCUUUUCUGGUGUUACACACUCAACGAUUCCCAGAAACUAGCGAACUCAUUCAAGGGUUUGUGCCACACAAGAUAAACAAAAACUUACCAAAUUCAAGGAUUUAGAGAUCCUCUGUUCAAAGUUGAACGAUGUUCCUGACGAGAUCGGAAUAUGACAGAGGCGUCAACACAUUCUCUCCUGAAGGAAGGUUAUUCCAAGUUGAAUAUGCUAUUGAGGCUAUAAAACUUGGCUCCACAGCCAUUGGUAUCCAGACAUCAGAGGGGGUGUGUCUGGCUGUGGAGAAGAGGAUCACCUCUCCGCUCAUGGAGCCCAACAGCAUUGAGAAGAUUGUGGAGAUCGACAGUCACAUUGGUUGUGCAAUGAGUGGCUUGAUAGCUGAUGCCAAGACUCUAAUUGACAAAGCCCGAGUGGAAACACAGAACCACUGGUUCACUUACGAUGAGACCAUGACAGUCGAGAGCGUGACCCAGGCGGUGUCCAACUUGGCGCUGCAGUUUGGGGAGGAGGAUGCUGACCCUGGUGCAAUGAGUCGACCAUUUGGAGUCGCACUUCUUUUUGGAGGGGUGGAUGAAAAAGGACCUCAAUUGUAUCACAUGGACCCUUCAGGAACCUUUGUGCAGUGUGACGCUCGGGCAAUAGGCUCAGCAUCUGAGGGUGCACAGAGCUCGCUGCAAGAAGUCUACCACAAGUCCAUGACGCUAAAAGAUGCCAUCAAGUCAUCUCUCACCAUUCUGAAGCAGGUGAUGGAGGAAAAGCUCAACGCGACCAACAUUGAGCUGGCAACAGUGGAGCCAGGGAAGACCUUUCACAUGUACUCCAAAGAAGAGCUGGAAGAUGUGAUCAAGGAUAUUUAGAUGACUUUCAGUGCAGGCACAAGAGAACAGGAAGUACACCUGGCUUCAGCAACAAAACACAACUUUCCAUCAGCGCAUUCAGUUCGCUGCACUCAGAUCUUUUUGGAUUUUAUCAGAGGUUGUCUGUGUGAUGUGCUAAUUGACUUCUUGCCCAUCAACAUCUGUACAGAAUGGCAGGAAGAAAACAGGGUUGUGGGGUAUUUUUUUUUUCUAAGAAAUUAGUACUUCAAUUAAACUUGUAUUCCACAACUGAA